GUACAGCGUAGUGUACACAGUAUCCUCUCUGGAUCCUGAUGGACCUGGUGGGUAUCAGCUUCAAUCGCCACCACCAACAACCUCCAUCACAUCCAUGUCAUCACCAUUAUGCCAUGAACUAUCGGGUCCCAUGCAGCCCUGCAACCGCGUUAGCCCAAGUCAUAGUUUGAAUAGCCAUAUGCUGACCUGCAUCAACUCCACCCGCUGCAGCAUACACUUUGCAGCCCGGUCCACUUCCACCACCCUUUCUUCUGCUCUCUCUCUCUCUUUGAAUCUUUGUGUCUCUCUUCCUUUCUUUUCCACACGGCUCGGAAAAUUCAUUUAUCUUUCUCCUACCUCCCUCUCCCUUACCUCAACCGACGUGAGGGCUUCAAACAUAAAGUAUGUAUGUAUGGGUGCCGGGUGCCGUGUGCCGUGCCAUGAAUGCCAUGCUAGACACACAUUCUCCGCCCGUCACCCAUCAAUCACAUCAUCACCAUGCAGCACCAGCACCAGCAGUACUGUAGUAGUAGUAGCGUAGCCCCUCCCCUCCUCAGCACGUACUCACUCACACAUCACCAGCUCAUCUCACCAGCAUCAUCUAUUG